GGCUAAACUGGAACUACUAUUGCGGCGGCGUAAACGUUAAACGUAAAUGUUAGGGGAAACGAAAAAACUGAUAAUACACUUCCUCCGUCUUCCAGUAUGGCUCAAAGUAGCAGUGUCCCAGGAUUUAUUUAUAAACUUUGGGCAUUGGUGGAGGAUCCCGACACUGAUGACGUUAUUUGCUGGAGCCUGAAUGGAAAUAAUGUAAAAGUGGUGGAAGAGCAAAGAUUUACAAAGGUAACACUUCCCAGGUAUUUCAAGCACAGCAACAUGUCAAGUUUUGUACGGCAACUAAACAUGUAUGGCUUUCGAAAGGUGAUUAAAUUGGACAGUGGUGUUGUAAAUCAUGUAACCAGUUCAACUAUUGAGUUUUAUCACCCUUGCUUUAAAAGAGCAAAUCCCAGUCUGCUGGAAAAUAUAAGGCGCAAGGUAUCUUCUGUUAAAAUGGAUGACACGCAGAUCCAGCAGGAAGAUAUCCACAGAGUUGUGAAGAAUGUGCAGCAAAUGAAAGAUAAGCAGGAUAACAUGAAAGAGAAGUUAAAGAGUCUGAGCAGGGAAAACAAAGAUUUAUGGAGGGAGUUAGCUUACAUGCGACGUAAGCAUAGCCAACAGCAAAGACUUCUUAAAAAGGCAAGACUACUACCACUUUCUUUUUAAUAAUUAAUGCAUGUAUGCUAGUUACACAUUCU